GAAAUCAGUUCUCGUGACCUAGUUUUUCUCCAAUGCAGCGCGAAAUUUUCGCGCCAAAUUGACACCACUCAACAAAAACAUUGCAGCGAUGGAAGGCUUCGACGAUCCCGGAAUAUUCUUCAGCGAUACCUUUGGGUCUGAAGAUCAGCAAGAUGAGGUUCAGAUUAACCGCCAACAGGUGAAGAAGAAAUUCAAAGACUUUCUGAAGCAGUUUCGAGAAGGAAGUUCGUACAUAUAUCGUGACCAGCUGAAGCGCCAUUAUAACCUGUGCCAGUACUGGGUGGAUGUCAAUAUUGAAGAUAUUGCAAGUUAUGAUGAAAACCUGGCAGAAAAACUCACCAAAGUUCCUGCAGACCAUAUGCCACUGUUUGAGGAUGCUGCGAAGGAAGUGGCAGAUGAAGUAACCAAUCCACGGCCUGAGGGAGAGGAAGAAGUUCAAGAUAUUCAAGUUGUCCUCAACUCCACCGCCAAUUGUGCAGCCAUAAGAGACCUCAAGUCGGACCAGAUGUCAAGGUUGGUGAAGAUUCCUGGUAUCAUUAUAGCUGCGUCUGCCAUUAAAGCCAAAGCAACACGGAUCAGUAUCCAGUGUCGUAGUUGUAAGAACGUGAUGAACGAUAUCCCUGUUAAGCCAGGGCUGGAGGGGUACGCACUGCCCAGAAAGUGCCCCACAGAGCAGGCUGGCAGACCUAAAUGUCCAGUGGAUCCAUUCUUCAUAGUGCCUGACAAGUGCAAGUGUGUGGAUUUCCAGAUUCUAAAACUUCAGGAAUCUCCAGAAGCAGUCCCCCAUGGAGAGAUGCCCAGGCACAUGCAGCUGUUUUGUGACAGGUAUCUGUGUGAGAGGGUAGUUCCAGGCAAUCGUGUUACAUUAAUUGGUGUCUACUCUAUUAAGAAGACCUCCAAGCCUUCAAAGACCCCUGGCAGAGAUAAGGUAAAUGUUGGUAUCAGGGCACCAUACCUGCGUGUGCUAGGUGUCCAGGUAGAUACAGAGGGACCAGGUAGAAGUACAGGUUCACCAAUAACCCCUGAGGAAGAGGAUGAGUUCCGUAGACUGGCAGCUAGCCCAAAUAUUUAUGAAACACUUGCCAAGAGUGUGGCGCCAUCUAUUUAUGGCAGCUUGGACAUCAAGAAGGCCAUCACCUGUUUGUUGUUUGGGGGCUCCAGGAAAAGACUUCCAGAUGGUUUGACCAGAAGAGGUGAUGUCAAUGUUCUGUUGCUAGGAGACCCAGGGACGGCAAAGAGUCAGCUCCUGAAGUUUGUAGAGAACUGUGCACCAGUGGGUGUAUACACAUCAGGCAAAGGCAGCAGUGCUGCUGGUCUUACAGCCUCUGUCACCAGGGACCCUGCAACUCGUAACUUUGUAAUGGAAGGUGGCGCCAUGGUUCUCGCUGAUGGAGGCGUCGUCUGCAUUGAUGAGUUUGACAAGAUGAGAGAAGAUGAUAGGGUGGCUAUUCAUGAGGCUAUGGAGCAGCAGACUAUUUCUAUUGCUAAGGCUGGUAUCACCACUACCCUGAACUCAAGGUGUUCCGUGCUGGCCGCGGCAAACAGCGUGUUUGGGCGUUGGGAUGACACCAAGGGAGCAGACAACAUUGACUUCAUGCCCACCAUUUUGUCCAGGUUUGACAUGAUAUUUGUGGUCAAAGAUGAGCAUGAUGAAGCCAGGGACAUUACUUUGGCCAAGCAUGUGAUGAAUGUCCAUGUGAAUGCCCGGCAGACGACAGAGGAGCAGAGAGAGGGGGAGGUGGACCUGCCCACACUGAAGAAGUUGAUCUCAUACUGCAGAAGCAAAUGUGGACCACGUCUGUCAGCAGAGGCUGCGGAAAAACUCAAGAACCGCUAUGUGUUGAUGAGGAAUGGAGCUGGUGAACAUGAGAGAGAGACUGGGAAGAAAACCAGUAUUCCUAUCACUGUCAGACAACUGGAGGCCAUUAUCCGUGUAUCUGAGUCCCUGGCAAAGAUGCGCCUCUCUCCAUUUGCCAGCGAGGCAGACGUAGACGAGGCCCUGAGGUUGUUCCAGGUCUCCACCCUGGAUGCCGCCAUGUCUGGUAACCUGGCAGGUGCCGAAGGCUUCACAACAGAAGAAGAUCGUGAAAUGUUAGCUCGCAUAGAAAAACAAAUCAAGAGAAGAUUUGUGAUCGGCUCCCAGGUGUCAGAGCAUGCCAUUGUCCAGGACUUCACUAAACAGAAAUACCCCGAGCGUGAGAUCUACAAGGUCCUGCAGGCCAUGCUGAGGAGAGGAGAGAUUCAACACCGGAUGCAGAGGAAGAUGCUGUACAGGAUUAAGUAAACACUCCUACUGAUGCUGGACUUUCUUCUAACACUGGCAUUGUAAAUAUGAUCAGAGAUGUAAUGAUUGAAAUGUUGAGAAAUUGCAGUAAAAAGGACUUUGUAUCAUAGUUUGUUUGCAACAUAACCGGCACAAGAAUUGUCUCACAACCAGGGCAAAUAACCAUAUGACAAAUGUUGGUGUACAUACAGUUUGGACUUGAUGAGGAGUCAAAGUUUCUGGAUGUCAUGCCCCUAACAUGGCUUGUGAUUGCAUGCUGUAUCUACUGUGGAUAACCAUGUCAUUGAUAACAGUUGACUUUAAUUUUUAAAAAUAGCAUCCUUAAUACUAAUUUAUUCUCCAUGUUUGAUAAAGAUGUUGAAAGCUGUACUCUAGUAAAAAAAAUGGAAGUAAAAACUUCUUUGUUGCAUAUUAUUUGAAAUUAUACACAAACUGCUAUGGACUGGAUGGCUUCAUGCCAAAAUGGUGCACAGUUUGUAAUAAAUUUGCAUUGAAUUCA